AAUUCCAACCUAAAUAUGUUUUGUGUUGAUGUAUCCACAGUGAGGCAUGUGUCUGUGCAGACAGAAGGCUCCAUCACCUUCCUAUGUAGAUAUGAUCUGAAUCACAUCAACCAUGUGAAAUACUGGUGUAAAGGAUUAGGUUGGGAUGUAUGUUCUUAUGUAGUACGCACUGACCAUCCUAAUAGUAGUGGUAAGACCUCAAUCUCUGAUGACAUCAACAAGAGAAUCUUCACUGUGACCAUGACUGACCUGACGUCAUGGGACUAUGGGAACUACAGGUGUGUUGUCGAGAUCAAUGGAGGAACAGAUAUCAUGAUACAAUGGUUCUACCUAUCUGUCACUCCAGGUACUCCAGAACUCUAUGUGGACCAACAGGAAGUGAGUGGAGUAGAAGGAGGGAGUGUCACUGUCCGUUGUUACUAUAGUAACUCUGGAGAUAUGAAGUGGUGCAGGAUGGGUGGUGAUUGUGUGAGGAGGAAUUCUGGGACUUUACAUGGAACAUCAGUGACAUUAAAGCGGACUAGUGAUGCCAACAACAGAAAAGUCUUAACAGUGACUAUGAGUGGACUGAAGAUGGAGAACACUGACUGGUAUUGGUGUAGAGUGGGAGAACUAGAGAUGCCUGUUCACAUCACUGUCAGUCAACAAACUGCAACACAGAGAAGCUCUAAGAUGACCUCAACAACCCAAGAUCCAACCACUCAACAACCCUCUGCCUCUCCAACUGCUGAGCCUGUUCAGAAUGACAACACAAGUCAAGGAGCUGAGGGGAACAUGGAGGAAGUCCACCAGAGGUCCAUAGAUGUGAAAGUCUUACUCAUCUCUCUGGGCAUGUUGGUGGUGGUGACAGCUGGUAUCCUAGUAACAUGUAAGAUGUGGAGAAAGCAUAAGGACAAUAAGGCCAAAGACCAGACAACUAACAACUCAGUGCUUGUGGUAAGCAGAAUUGAAAGUUGUGUCUCAUUGUGGUAAGUGUGGAAAUUAGUAU